GGGCGUACACACACACAGGCGGGCGGGCGGUUGCGCCGCCCCGGCCGCGUUCCUGCGGAGCGGUCGCGGCGCCCCGCACAGAUGGAGCCCAGCCGCGGCGCCGGGCCCGCCGUGCUGCCGGUGGCGGCCGUGCUGCCGGCGGGCGGGAGCGGGGAGCGCCUGGGUGGCGCCACCCCCAAGCAGUUCUGCGCCGUGCAGGGGAGGCCGCUCGUCAGCUACACGGUGCGGGCGAUGGAGAGGAUAGAUUGGAUAUCCAACAUUAUUGUGGUGGUCUCUCCUGAAAAUAUUGAAACAAUGAAGUCUAUCAUUGAAAAAUAUGGCCAUAAAAGAGUUACGGUAGUUAAAGGUGGAAUAACUCGUCACCGGUCAAUUUUCAAUGGACUGAAAGUAUUUGCAGAGGAUGAAUUUUCCAACCAUCUGCUCCAGAAACCGGAAGUAGUGAUUAUCCAUGAUGCUGUGAGGCCAUUUGUUGAAGAAGAUAUUCUUUCAAAAGUGGUUAUGGCUGCUAAAGAGCACGGGGCAGCAGGAGCAAUUCGUCCUCUAGUUUCUACUGUAAUUGCCUCUGCAGCAGAUGGCUGUUUGGACCACUCACUGGAACGUGCCAGAUACAGAGCGAGUGAAAUGCCUCAGGCUUUCUUGUUUGAUAUAAUCUACGAAGCAUACCAACAGUGUACAGACUAUGACCUGGAUUAUGGAACUGAAUGUUUGCAUCUGGCUCUGAAAUACUGUAAAACAAAUGCCAAACUCGUUGAAGGAACAGCUGACCUCUGGAAGGUGACCUACAAGCGGGAUCUGUAUGCAGCUGAAUCGAUUAUUAAGGAAAGCCUAUCACAAGAAGUUUGUGUUAUUACCGAUGUGAAGGAAGCGGUUGCACAAGUAGGUUUUCUCCUUCAUGAAUCUCUGAAGAGCCAAAUAAAAGUUGAAACUAUAUCAACAUCUUUAAGCAAAAACGAUAGCCAUCUACAAAACAUCCUUUCGGGACAGUGCUACAAUUUUGUUUGCAUAAAUGAUAAAAAAAGUGCUGUUCAAGAAACCCAGCAACUAGCGGAUAUGUUGGAAAAAUCAAAUAUUCCUCUCUUAUACCCAGUUGUCCUUAUUUUGGUGCACUUGGAUAUUUCAGAAAAUAUUUCUUUCAGCAUUGGGAUGGAAGAAAUAACUAGGAUGAAGAAAUUUGCAAAGGAAGUGAAAAAGAAAAAUAUUUUGGUUUAUGGUCUCCUUAUCCAAUAUAAGGACCAUUUGCUGCUUCAGGAGACAGUAAAUUCUGCUGCUGCUCUUAUCAUGGCAUUAAUAAAGGACAGAAACCCGGAGCUGACUGGGCAGCUGUUGGUAGCAUAAGACCAUAAAUCAUGUGUAGCUUUUGGAAAUGUUUCUUUUUCAUCAUCCAUUCACCAAAGGUCUUGAAUCAUUUUACCCUUUGAUGAAAAGUCUGGAUUUAUGACAUUUAUUAUUAAGAACUUUUAACAACAUAUUUUUGAUACUGAAAAUACAAGUCUGAUAUUAUCUAUAAAGUGUAAAAUACAAAUCAUUCUGAGAUGCACUGGGUACGUACUGGGAGGAACGAUACUGAAAGGUUUUUGUGAGGUACUGAUUGUUUAAGAGGGUGCAGAGAGGACACCAAAGCGUCCAGUCUUCAUGCAGAAUUGUUCUCAGCCAUGCAUGUGUGCUGUACUCUAGGACUGCAUAUAAGAAAUUUAAUUUAAGAUAAAAUAAUCCUAAAGCACAGCUCUUGCUCUUUAUAAGAAGCUAUUUAAAAAUUGCUGCCAUACCUAUUAGUGAAUGUAGAGUUCGUUAUUCAGCGUAGCCUUCCUGACAUCAACAGAAACGCACGUGGAGAGAAGUCUUUAGGGUCAGAUCCCCCUCCUCCACGUAAUGAAGGGAACCUUGAAACAGAGAAAAGAUGCACGUGGGGGCAAUGAGGUGCUAAACCCCAGUUUUCCAGAUGCAAUGUGCUCUGGCUGUAGCACUCCUUGGUACUAGGCUUCUUCCAGUACCCCUGGGCCAGCAUUUCGCAGUAGCUCCAAUUAGUGUUACAUAUACUCUUUGUGUUCGCUUGUGUGUGUGGGUAUAUACACAUAUGUGCAUAUGCAGACUUUAAAGAAGAAUUAGGACCGAAAAAUACGUUUCACAACCCAAUCUGUAGGCAGCGGAGAAGUAGGAAGGUCCUGUUAGCUUGUCUACACGAAUACAGUUUUCAUCUCUUGGUGCUUAACAUAUGUAUGUAUUAAACAGCAGCAAAGAGAACUGAGUGUUAUGGGUUCAAUUAGAUGCUACAUUGAUACUCACGUGUGGAAAGUUGGGACAGGAGGGUAAAACGGUGAAUGGUUAUGUGGAGUAUCUCCAGCUAUUAAAACCACUAAGAGCAAUACAAGAAGAGGACAGUCCCUAAAAACACCUGUCCCCUCCCUUCAGACUCAGGAAUUCCAGCUUUCCUGGAACUUGUGAAGGGGUUGGGUUAAUCUCUUAUGCACCUGUCCUGAUUGGAACAGGGUCUUAGGGAAACAUCCCCACCAGAAGUGUCCAGGAGCCUGCUGCUCCGUCUGUCCUCAGCGAGACCACUCGCAAACUUCAGCAUUUCCCUCUGAAACCAAAAUUCCUCCCCUUAUUCCCAACAAAUUCCACUCCCUCUGGGGCUCAGACAAAACUCAGGAUAGCAAGAUCCACGUUUGGUCCCCUUCCCCUUCUUACCUUUCACUUGACUAUCUUUAUCUCCAUUUUAAAUCCCUUUUAGAAGCUGUUGUCGAUCCCAAACUUCCUUCAUUACACGAUAGAAUAGUUGUUAGCUCACUGUUUUCUUCCACACAGAGGUCAUCCUAAGAGAACUAGCAAACUUCUUGUGCAUCAUCUGCUUUCUUCUUUGCUUCUCUCUCCUCUCAGCUUUGAUUAAUAAUUUGUCCUUUUCUGACAUUGCACAAGAGAAGCAUUCAUAUUAGCUCUGCGGAUGGCUAUACAAUAGGCAUAUUUUAUUCAUAUAUAUAUUCAUGUCUGUUCAUAUGCAGAGUACGCAAAUAAAUGAGGAACUGAAGAAUUUAUUAUUGGUAUUCAUAAUUUAACAGGACAGCUUCCACAAAUAAGUUUUCUGAAUUUGCUUUUACAUUAAUGAAUUUGAUGAAGGAAUUUGUCUCACAGGCUUUUAAAGGACAUGAUGAAAGAUGUCUCUUUGACUGUAUUUUUUGAUUCUUCUUCUCUUGAAGACUAAAAUACAGUCCGUGAUGUGUCCUCCCUACAUAAUAAUAAGGAAGUGAAUUUAGAAAAUCCUUUAUGUUUCCCAUCCACUCUAAUUUAUACGUUGUGAUGCUGCCUUAGCAUUGGAUUGUGUGUAACUUGUCAUUUACUUAAACAGAACCUUUUACUUUGUAGGGUUGUUUGACUUAACCUCAUUCUCUUAAAAGGAUUUCAAUCCAAUUAAAAAUGUUACUGCAACGAGCUGCUGUAAUGAGAAAAUAUUGUGGUUGUUUAUGAACUUACUUUGAAAAGAGAACAGACAAUGCACAAAAAAAAGUAAGUUUCAGGUCAUCAGACAUACCUAGUACUAAUCUUAAAUGGAAGACAAUAAGCUUUAUUAAUAUACUGUUAAUCAUUGCAUUAUGGUUUUUUUAUCUUUAACAGUCUUUUAAAAUAAUCUACAGACACUGAAUAAAUCUAUUUUGCUGGAAGCAAAUA